ACCACCGUCAAGCUGGAGGACCUGCAGACACAGUAUCAGAGCUCGCCCUCCCCCGAGACCUCAUCACCGAUGCCCGAGGGCUCGGCCAAGCCUGUCAAGAAGCGGAAGUCGUGGGGCCAAGUCCUCCCGGAGCCAAAGACGCAGCUCCCGCCUCGAAAAAGGGCCAAGACGGAAGACGAGAAGGAGCAACGCCGCAUCGAGCGUGUCAAGCGCAACCGCCUCGCCGCCCACAACUCACGCGAGCGGAAACGCGCCGAGGUCGAGCAGCUGCAGGGCGAGAAAAACCAAAUGCAGCUAGAGAUGGACAAACAGGAAGAAGAGAUUCGGGCUCUGCGAGAAGAGAUUCGGGCACUCCGACGAAGAGACCAACAAAAGGACGCCAUCAUCAACGCUUGGCGAGCAAUCGCCCCUGACCUCAGGACAAAGGCAGAGUCGGGCAUCCAAAUUCCGGAGCCCACUGUCUCCUCCGUCGACUCUCUCCUCACAGACACCGUUUGUCCUCGACAGACAUCCUUCCCCAGCCCCGAGUCCAUGGACAGCAUGGACACUCCCCACGACAUCUACAGCCAGCCCGCCACCCCUUCAUAUAGCGACAUCACCGUCUUGGAGUCCGACCCGACACGAUAUCCUGCUGAGAUAUUGUGCGACCUGCAGUAUUUUGACAUCACUCCUCAUCGCCUUGAGUAUUCGUCUACGCUCAACGACAACAUUGAAGAUCUUUUCGACCUGGACAGGUAUGAAGACUCGGCGGAUUCCACCCAAGGCUUCUUCAACGCGUCAUUCGUCGCACAGGACUCGACGGCCGAUUUCUACGGAAUUGGAAGCCCUUUUGAUGCUAAGUACUUUGAUUUGCGAGCAGACUCUGGCGCGGCACCGGCAACUCCGCGUGCU